AUGGACGAAGAUGCAGUCAGCAUACUUAUGUCCACUGUCGAACACAUCGCGGAAUCUCUCGACACGGCCCACGAUAGUUGGAGGGAUCAUCUACAAAGCAUUCGAAACAUCACUGCUGUUUUGGAAUUUAGCGACACUCAUCCAGAUGAAAGCCGAAGGCAAUGGCAGUUGCCACUCAUUGGUGUAUUUCAGCGCGUGGCUUAUGCUGAUGCCGACUCUGGUGGCGUCUCUGAUAUUGCGAACUGGUGUCUGAAGCAAGCGGUUACGCUACUUCAGGUCUACCCCGAUGACGUUGAACUUCUGACCCUCAUCGGUCGAAACUGGUUAUUCCGAGCUCAGAGAUCCCUUGCCAAAAUCCAUCUCUCCGAACAAAGUUCAAAUAGCAGUGGAGGGAGCCAGUUUGUGUCACUCUCUGCUAGCGAAGAAGACAGACAGGCGAGAAGAAACAACGCAGAAGCGGAAAGCCGGCUGCACAUGUCCGAUUACGUCGAAGCUCGAGGGAUCUUACUCCCGGCUGUCGAAUAUCUGCGACGUGCAACCGACGCAGCUCGUGCGCAAGACAGAAUUACUGGCGACCUGUUAUCUACUGAACAGGCUGCUGAGGCUUUCAUGAGCCUAGGAAACGUAUCUUCACCAAGAAUGAACGGCCAGUACUUUCAGCAAGCACUUGGGUAUUUACGAACGGCAAAUCAGCUGCCUGGCUACAUUCUGCCGCUCCAUUUACAAAAGUAA